CAUUCGAACGGGAUAGGAAGCGCUUUCAAACUCUGAACAAAAUGCUCGAACGAGCAGGUGCAACUAAUGUUGUCACCAAGAAUCUCGACUUUUUGUCAGUUGAUCCUUUUGAUCCUGAAUACUCGAAUGCGACUCAUUCUAUGUUAGAGGCCGAUGAAUCAGAUUCUAAAGAGGACCAGGAACGUCUUGAGAAACUCUCUGCUUUCCAACUCAAGAUAUUACAGCAUGCGAUGAAAUUUCCAGCUCUUCAGCGUUUGGUCUACUCGACCUGUAGUAUACACGCCAUUGAGAAUGAACAGGUGGUUCUUCGAGCAUUAGAAAGUGAAGAAGCUCGUGUUGGCAAUUUCGAGUUGGCGAAUAGAGAGCAAGUGAUACCAACUUGGCAUAGACGUGGAGCUCAGACCGAAGGGUUGGAUGAUACUACGGACGGCACAAAUGGUUUCUUUGUUGCAUGUCUGGUACGAAAAGUAAUAUCCUUGAACAAGAAACGGAAGGCAGAUGUGUUGGAUGAGUCGAAAGAGGAAGUUGUGGGACUGGGAACAACCCAAAGUGCUAGCCAUAGCGAUAUUGGAAAUGCUUGGAGAUCUACCUCUCCCUGA